AUGUGGCUUCUGCUGGGUGACUUCAACGAUGUUAGAAAAACCGAUGAAAGGAUGAAUUCGAGAUUCGACUCCACAGAUGCGGCUGCCUUUAAUGACUUCAUCUCUAGGGUCGGCCUUAUGGAGUUCAAUAUGCAGGGAGGGAAGUUCACGUAUGUCUCUGACAACGGCACUAAAUUGAGCAAACUGGAUUGCUUCUUGGUUUGUGAUUCCUUCAUGGCCAAGUGGCCAACGUCCAAUUUAAGGGUUCUCAGGGGAGGGUUGUCUGACCAUCUGCCGAUUUAUCUGGAAUGCUCUAACAUGGAUUUCGGCCCUAUCCCGUUUAAGAUGUUUAACAUGUGGACAGGUAAGGAGACGGUUAAUCGAUUCGUUGCUCAACAAGUUGCUGGAGUCGACCUUAAUGCACCUGGUGAUUCAGCCCUUUAUAAAGUUCUUCGUAUGAUUAAAGCUGACAUCAAAAAAUGGAGGGAGUCGGUGCGGAUGGAGGAAGAGAAGGAGUAUGAGUCAAUAGCGAAAGGUAUCGAGGAGCUGGAAUCAAAAGCGGAAACGACCAUUCUCUCUCCUGUGGAGCUGGAACAGCGGGCCUCUCUUCUGGUUAAGCUUAAGGCCAUUGAGCAUGAGAAAUGUUUGGAUUUACAGCAGAAAGCUCGGAUAAAGUGGGUCCAGUUCGGAGACGAAAAUUCAGCAUUUUUUCACCGAGCAAUUAAAAUUAACAUUACCACAAACAGAAUUCAGGAGCUCAUUUUUAACGGGGUUCGGGUGAGGGAUCCGGUGGCAUUGAAAGUUGAAGUUAAAAAGUGGUUUAGGAGUCUUUUCGCUGAAUCGAUGAGGAGACGACCUAAAUUCUCUAACUUGGGGUUGCCGGUCCUUUCAACUACGGAUUCGGCUUCUCUUGUGGCCAGUUUUUCUUCAGAAGAAGUUUGGCGAGCUAUCAAGGAGUGUGACGGUAGCUAG